GCAAAACCGUUGCUUUGUUGCGUUUUGUCACUCGGAGGCCAGCGAAAUAACCUCUUCCUUAUUAUAAGGGCAAAUUAAUUAAUUAAAUUCGCCCCAUGACCUUUCGCUAUUGACAAAUCCAACAUGGCCGAUUUAUAAGGGCCCAGGUUCGUGAUUGCGUGACAUGAAAUGAUGAAAAGAUAACCCCGAAAUACGAACCACCGCCUUUUCUGUCAAUCAUUAAAAUCGCGCCAAACAUGAUUAGAUUGCGCAAAAUGAUUAGAUUUGCCGCCACAGUUUAAUUUUGGCGGGUUGAUCGUUGAUUGGCUGAGCGCCUCACGUGUUCACCGCAUGAGAUGCAGCGCGGUUACCAAGUCGCGGCCAUCUUGAAAGUUCUAAACUGCAAACAAGAAGAGUAAAAAAUUUUGAAAGUAAUCCAUCGAAUUUUAAAGCCAUCUUUUAGUUUUGGGCGCUCUUUUACAAAAUGAGUGGUGGUACACCCUAUAUAGGAAGUACCAUUAGUCUUGUUUCGAAAGCAGAGAUAAGAUACGAAGGGAUUUUGUGGUCUAUAGACACGAAAGAUUCAACGGUGACGCUUGCCAAUGGUGAGUGUUUUUAUUGAGUUUUAUCGCUUUUUGUAGCCUGUUAAUGUUAACCAACUUAAUAAAUAAGACCUCUUAUGAUAUUUAUUUAUAUUUUUUGUAGUACGUUCAUACGGCACGGAGGAUAGAGCGGCUGAGAAGCAAGUAGGACCCCGAAGCGAAGUUUAUGAAUACAUAGUUUUCCGAGGCAGCGAUAUUAAAGAUUUACAUGUGUCUAAAGCACCUAAACCGAUAAAUACCGUCAAUCAAGAUCCGUCAAUUCUUCAGGUUUGUUAUAUUUUUGAAAUGAGCUGCAGGAACGUUUUAAAUACAGUCAAUGAAAUGAAUGUUUAAAAUGACGUUGAUUGCAUAUUAAUUCUGUACAAAAUUAUGCAGGGUUCUUUAAUAGUUUCCAUGCAAACAAUAUGCCAGACUUGUGCCAAGAUAAUUGCAUAUUUAUAAAUGAUAAUAUCUACAGGUUGAUUGCAUGUUACGUCACUGCAGCCAUGUUGGGGGAAUAUCAAAAGGGCCCUGUUCUAUUGUUUUAUAUAAAUACCCAAGAGAUUGGUUACAAUCUACUCAUUAUUACAGAUUGGUUACAAUCUACUCAUUAUUAGUACACCGUAAUGUAAAUGUCUUAUAAGUGCUAACUAGAAUAUGUCAAUUUUACCCAGUAUUUUUUACAACGGUCAGAUACAGUACCACAAAUAUUGUCAAAUCUGAUGACAGUCUGAUAUUUUGUAAUGUGAAAAUCCAGUCUGGAAAGUUUAAUUUUUGCAUACCGGACAACGAUUCAUGCACGUGUAACUGUACGCCAAUUUUGGAAAUAUAAAUGCACAAAAGUUCCAAAUACGCCUUUUUAGAACAAACCUAUUUGGUCCAUAUUUGUGGAACUUGAACAAUUACUAGUCUAUGUAAACAAAUGUACGCCAUUAUGUAUUCCAAAGUUUGUGUUUGAACACCGGACAAGUCCGGCGUACACACAUUACAUUCCAAUCUGGGUGAAAAUACUAAAAAAAUGGCUGCUGUCAAUGUGCAAAUCAUUGAUUCAUGUUCCGAUUGUUAUCAUUUUAGCAAGGUGCGGUAGGGUCAAGCUUCUCUCACUUUCCAAACACAACACCUUAUGCACCUGGGUAUGGUAACUUUGCUCACCCGUAUGGAUAUGGAAGUCAACCUGCAACAUACUCUCCCGUUCCUCAACCUGGCAUCAAUCCAGGCCGUGCAGGGUCACCAAUGGGCGUACCACUUAUCCAAAGCCGUACGCCAAGCCCUCCUGUGAAUGUUGCCCCAAUUGGUUCAGUGUCUCAAACUAAAACUCUUGAGUCUGAAACGCAAACACCUCAGCCACCAAGUCAAAAAUCAACCCAAACAGGAAAACCUAGAAGAAGAUCCGGAUCCCGGAGGAACUCGAUGGAAACCAACCAGAAUGGACCCAGUAAGCCAACUGAUAGAAAGGAAGAAAAUGAAGAGGCUCCAAGAAAUCAGAAACCACAUGAAAAUAAGACAAGAGGUGAGUUUAUUACUCUGGCCUCGUUAACAAAUGCAAGUGCAAAAAGAGAAGAUUGAUAACAUUUCUAUGAGGUAUUUACAUUUAAAACAAAAUAUAGAAAUACAUCUCAAUGUAUUUGUAUUGACCAGGUAUUUUGUACUGACCAGGUUGAGUUUGUUUUGCAAUUUUCUAGGUCCCCAACAACAGCCUGGAAGUACAAAAAAAGGGAAGCCAAUUAAAUUUAAUGGCGAAUUUGACUUUGAGAGCUCCAAUGCAAGAUUUGACAAAGACAAGAUUGAAUCAGAACUAAAGUCUGAAAUAGAGAAAAUGAAAAUCUCUGCCCAAGAUGAAGAGGUAGGUCUCCUAUGUGGAAACAUAAUAUUUUAGAUGAACCGAUGAUCGUCAAAACAUUGCUGAGCUGAUUAGCGGCAAUUUUUUAACAGCUUCUUUCACUGUCUGUCGACAGUCCCUGUCUCGUCCUUGUUUAUCAUGGUUUCUGUUCAUUCGAAACUAGCAAGUUGAGUUGAGUAAAAACACUAAUCGUGAGGAAAACCAAUCAUCAGGUUUAUCGAUUCAUCGGCCGAUGGUGGGAAGCUAUCAUCUCUAUUUAAGAUCAAUAAAUACUGUUUGCAAUGUUCAGCUUUCUUGAUCGUCCGCCAUCUUGGAAGUUUUUGCAAGAUAUCGAUAAUGUAAGAUAAUGUUUAGACACUGAACAUUCAGUCUCUUGAAUAAUAAGUAUCAGAAAUCAGCUUUUUUAUAUUGGCUGUUAACAAUCCUAAGUUGUUUUGCAAAUUCCCUUAAGAAUUUUGAUGAAAAUUGGAAGAAAUACUUCUCAUUUAUUUUUGUUUUGCAUCUAGGUAAUAGUUGAAAAUGAGGUUGAAGUUGAGAGUCCAGUGAAUGAUGGUGUUUAUUAUGACAAAGAAAAAUCAUUCUUUGAUUUUAUUUCAAGUGAUCCAUUGCCAUCAGAGCAAGGAAGAAGGUAAGCCAUUGGAUGUAGAAAGUGAUUGUGCAAAAGUACAUGUAUUGUGCAUUUAAUUUAACCAUUCAUUCACAAGACUCUCCCCUUGAUGAGUAAAUCAUCUAGGGUUAAACAUAGUAAAAUAACAAAGUAAUGCAGUGAUUAACCAAUUGUGCAACAAUCAGAAAUUACCAAUUAUCAUGCCACAACAUGCCAGUACUGAUGCCGAUAAUGAUGUCAUAAUAUCAGUCGACCAAGUAAAAGUAUCAUUCAUGUCGAGUUUUUUAAUUUAACAACGAUUUCCAAUGUAACGUGUUACUGCAGCCAUAGAUUGUUAAAAUCGUUAAUGAAUGGCACACUUCACACAUUCAUUUCACGCUUCACGCAACAUGUAUGGUGCAAUGCAUAUUAUUUUUAAAUUGUGUAUUUUCUCAACAAUCUGUUUUAUAAAAUUGGAUAAUUCUACUGAUUCUUAUUGUCUAAAAAUGAUAAAGUACCAUAUGAGAUAUUGUGUAAAUAGUACAUGUGAUAUCGCAAGAAUGGAAUAUAAAUUAUAUUUUAAUAUGCUCUACACUUUUAAUUUUACUCUGUUCAGGUCUGGUUCAUGGCAAGAAGAGCGCAAACUAAAUGUGGAAACAUUUGGUGUAAGUGGUUCAUACACUCGUGGUUAUGGGCGUGGUCGAGGGUGGAGAGGUAGGGGCCGGGGUAGAGGCCGCGGGAGAGGAAGAGGUGGUUACCGUGGCAACAAUUAUCGUGAUGGUGGUAACCGUGAUGGUGGUAACCGUGAUGAUGGUGAUCGUAACCAACAAAACAGAACAAACAACCGUGGAGGACGUGGUGGUUACCGUGGUUAUAGAGGUAACCGUGGCACGUGGAGAAAUAAUAAUCAGAAUAAGUCACCGGUAAGUUCUUUAAUAUUUUUGUAAAAAUACUAAAACAAUAACAAUUAUUCGCUUCAGGGCUCAGGCUCGGUGAUUAUCGGGGAAUAUUCACCUCAACUUCAUCUCUGUGAAUAUUCCCCGAUAAUCACCUCACCUUCGGUUAAUAAUUGUUAAACAUUUUGAAUAUAUUUUCAUUUCAGAAUGGGGAGAGAAUAAAGACUGAACCAACUUCGUGAAUUGUUAAUAAUAUGGUGCAAUAAUGAUAUCAGGUUUGGCGGUGAUCUCUUGGCUUGCCUGCUGCAAUUAUUUGAUGUGCUUAUGAAUGUUGACGAGAAAAAUGUUGGAGAUAUUGGAACUGCUUGUUGUGUGUAAGCCAAGCGAUCAAAUAUUUUAUUUGUUGUUAAAAAGAUUAUUAAUAUGUAAAUAGUGUAUGAAAUGUUUAUGAGUUGAAAGGACUAUAUAAUAUGUAGUGUGUUGAUGCGACAUUGUAUCAUGCAAUAAUAGUCAGACAUUGAAUUUCCUAAUUUCUAACUCUCAGUUCUUCUGUAAUACAAUUUUUGAUUUGAAAUCUUGAGAGUUCUAUGUAAAUAAAAGUUGUUUUCCACAA